CCUGGGCACGCCCACAUACUCUACAAACCUCAGACGGUGUGACGUCAUCGUCCCAGCAGCGCGCGGAUGCCUCAGGUUAUAUUUUUUGGGAGAGAGACCUGAUAGUUUCUUAAAAAAUGUCCAGCUAUUCAAGUGAGUCCGGGAACUCUCCUCCAAGGCAACGAGUUCGCUUGGAUACGCAAUCGUCAACGGAGGAGAGGUAUUCCGGCCCUGCUCCAACAGCGGGAGAGGAGGAAGUCGGGGGUGGACACCAUGAAUCGUCUAAUCCUACUGUUGCCUCAAGAGGUCAUCAGCAACCACCCACAAGGCGCCGGGGAGCACACGGCGGUCGGGGACGUGGUUCAAGGGCUUCUGCCAGAACGGAUGAGGAGGAAUUAUCCGGAUUCUAUAUUGACAAUGAACUCCUCAUCCAUCUGGUGGAGAAACGUGUCCCACUCUGGGACCAUACCGACCACCGCCAUGCAGACCAUCACCUGACCCGGAGUCUGUGGAUGGAGAUUUGCGGAAAAAUGCUUCCGGAUUGGGACGACCUCAGUGAAGGCAAACAGGAAGAUUGCAAGACUGCAGUCAUGGUGCGAUGGCACUCAAUAAGGGACCGCUUUAAUAACGAUUAUAACGAGGAGGUCAAUCGCCCGAGUGGGUCUGGCGGAACCCUAGGGCAGCCGUACCGCUAUGCGGCUGCCCUAGGGUUCCUACGUAGAACCUUAGAGCUGCGAAGAAUAACUAGCAGUACUCGGGCGCCAGAACCUCCUUGUGAAAGUCAUCAAGAGGCGGUCCCUGCUGAGCUGCCACCCGCGGAUCCCUCGCCACCUCCUCCAGCACCUGGUCAGGACCCAAAUCGUCCUCUACUGGUGCCCUCUGGUGACGCAACAAUUGCCGUUAUGGCAGCCACUUUUUGA